AUGCUACAUUCUUUUGUAAAUUCAAAAUACAGAGGACAGGUGAAUACAUGAUACGUCAAAAGAAUCAACGAUACUAAUUAUUGGUUGAUUUAACGUUACUGAAGUUUUAAUUAGUGGCGCGGGUGUGUAGCCAUACCUUUGUAUCUUGAGUAUAGAAAUUCUUACAUCCGUGUCAAACAAGAAUCCACGAAUUGCCAAAGAAUCAGUGAUACUAAUUAUCGAUUAAUUUAACGUUACUUAAGUUUUAAUUAACGAUUCAAGUACAGCCUUUUAUAUUUUAAAUCAUUACGAAAGAAAAAUGUCUUGUUUUUACAGAUGCCAGUGUCAAACAAGAAUCCGCGAAUUGCAGAAGAAUCAGUGAUACUAAUUACUCGCAGUAUCAGACGCCAGUGAGCCAUCCACAUUCACAAGGUAGCACGUUCCUCGAUCUUGAUCCAGAGAAUCGCAAUAAUUGCUUCGGUCAACUGUGUCUGAAUAUCCGCAGUUUAAUUAUGAAAUUUAUUGUAAAAAUUUAUAUUUAUAUUUACUUCAAGAAGACAGAGGAUCUGGAAUAUGUUUGUGUUUGUGUUACAUGCAUAGAAACAAUAAAAUGAACUCGCGGACAACCGAGACCACGAAGAACGUGGCGGUGAAGGAGGAACCAGCGGACAGAGGAUACGGGGAGCCGAUUCCCGUGACGAAUAUCCCCACGUCAACCGCUCAGGACACUCGAAACAGUAAGAAAUCUAUGAUUUGCUGAACAAAUAGAAUCAACAGAACUAUACACAAUUCGACAGAUAAAGUUCUUGACUCACUCUGAAGUGCUGUUGCGACGACCGAGAUUUCCAAACCCGAUGAUACCCUCCUCUCGAACGUGCACCAUGACAAAUCUCUUGACAAUAGAUCCACGUGGCGCUUUGCUACCCUAUAGAUCCCAUAAAUAACUGGAGCAUGGGGGAAGUACUCGGUGUUCCAUCCAUUAAUCGAGCUCUAGCUCGAGUUACUCUUCCGGUUUCUGUUUUUAGAUCGCUUUGGUGUCCCGAAAUUCAUCGUCUUGUACGUUAUUUUUCUCUUAAUUGCCAUCAUAGUACCUCUGGAACCCCAUCGAAACCACACGAUCAGUCGAAAUUUUUUUUUUUUUUACUUCUCUAGUGAAAUUUUAA